UAUAUUUCAUUCAAUUCCCCAAUUUCACUGCUCAUUUUUCAAAAAUUUCAAUAAUAAUCGCUCACGCUUCUCCUCUCUCUCUCUCUCUCUCUAAAUAUCUCUCUCGCCUUGUCUGUUUCACUCUAGCGAAGGCAGCACCGGGAAAAAGGAAACUCAACCCUAACCCUACCUUCUUAUUUGAUUGAUUUCUGCGGAUUCCGCGUCGAUUUCCAUGAAAGGCGGAAAAUCGAAGGCUGAUUCGAGGAAAGGCGAUAGUAGGCUCGCUGUGAAGAAGCAGACUAAGAAGGAGAAGAAAGCAGCAAAGGACCCAAACAAGCCAAAGAGGCCUCCAAGUGCUUUCUUUGUUUUCAUGGAAGACUUUCGGAAGCAGUACAAGGAAAAACACCCCAACAACAAAUCUGUUGCUGCUGUCGGUAAAGCUGGUGGUGACAAGUGGAAGUCUUUGAGUGAUGAGGAAAAAGCUCCCUUUGUGGCAAAGGCAGAGAAGCGUAAGGAGGAAUAUGAGCGAAAAAUGGAAGCCUACAACAGAAAAUUGUCUGGAGAGGGUGAUGAUGAGUCUGACAAGUCAAAGUCAGAGGUCAAUGAUGAGGAAGAAGAGGAAGGCAGUGGAGAGGAAGAAGAAGAUGAUGAUUAAGUAUUUUUGUGGAUGAUGAGUUUCCCUAAGAAGGAUAUGCUUGACUAUAUGUUUAAUUUCACUUGACAUCAUCGCUACAUCUACAAGGUUUUUUUGGUUAUGGAUAGGCUGUACUUACUGUUCCCACCAUUUCUAGUGACAUGAAGGGGUAGUUUGUAAUAUGGGAUUUAGCAUAGUAUCUUUUGCUAACUUUUUAGAACUACUGAUGCAUUGCUAUUACAGUUUUAAAUGAAAAUUUAUCUCUUCUGUAGCCUGUACCAUCUUUUUUGUUGUAUCAAUUUCUUGCAUUAACUGUU